AUGAGGAGAGCACUGGGAACCCCGAGCACGGAAAAACUAGGGACUUAUCUUGGAUGCAACGUGGAAGUUGAUGGAAGAAGCUCUCAAGUUUUCAACUCCCUUAUUGAGAAGGUGCAGAAUAAGGUGAAUUCGUGGAAAAACGUCACCCUUUCACAAGCUGGAAGACUGCUCCUCGUAAAUGGGAUUCUAGCCGCCCUUUGUACCAACAUCCUCUCAGUUUUCCUGGUCCCAAAACAGGUAAAAAAGAAGAUAGACUCCUUACUAUGUAGGUACUGGUGGAAAGGUAAUUGUGAUACUAAAGGCAUAUGUUGGAGGAAGAGGAAACUACUGGAAAAGCCAAAGAAUCAAGGGGGUGUGGGGUUAAGAAGCAUUGAAAAUUUCAACAAAGCUCUUCUGGUCAAACAAGCACACCGUAUCCACAACAACGGCCAACUACUCAUAGCUAAGAUCUACAAAGCAAAGUACAAGGGGUCACCAGUGGAUUGUGGACUUGAGGACAGGAUAAGCUCGACAUCAUCAUGGGGUUUCAGAGGAUUGGCUAAGUGUGUAAGGGAUUGCAAAGAAGGAUUUGGUAAAAUCAUUGGGAGUGGGGACUCGAUUAUUAUAGGGGAAGACAAUUGGUUAUUGGAUCGCAAGCCUAUCUUUAAAACACAGGAGAGUUUAACAUCACUGAAGGCCAGACCAGUUCGGGACUUGUUUAUUACAGGCUCAAGGGUGUGGAACAAUCGACUUGUUUGGGAAUCCUUCUCAACUGAAUCUGCUAGAGCAAUUUUGAGCAUGCACAUCCCUACGAACAUAGGUGAGGAUAGAAGGACUUGGAUGCGGUCGGAGAGUGGAGAAGCAACUGCUAAGUCGGUCUACGACUACAUCCAAGGUUUGAAGGCGGAACACGGGAGUGUUGACCAAACCCACUCGUUCUGGAAACACCUGUGGGGAAUGCAGAUUUUACCGAAAUGGAAGGUGUUUCUCUGGAAGGUUUGUAAUAGAGCCUUGGCCUUAAAUAUAAACCUCUGUAAGCGCGGUAUUCAGGUGGAGAGGCGUUGCCACCUAUGUGGGAUGGCUGAUGAGGAUGAGCGUCAUCUCUUCCGUGACUGUAUGAUAGCCAAGCAUGUCUGGAGAGCAGGUGACCUUGGGCUGGUACUUGAAGAGGUGGAGUCGUUAGAUAUUCAAACUUGGAUAAAGAACUACUUUCAUUACUUAUGGAAAGAAGAAGGGCCUAAUAGCCCACGUGCAAUAUGCAUGGUUAUCACACUUUGGAGCAUUUGGCUCCACAGGAACGCAGUGGUUUUCAAAAGCAAUACAACCAACCCGGCCUCUAUCAUGGGGAUAAUUCAUCAAAUGAAGAAAGACAACGACCUAGGGUCUAACAUUAGAUGUGAGCUUGCCAAGUUGGCUCGGGCAAAGAAACAGGAUCAUCCAAAUCCGGUUGCGCUAAUCAAAGGGGUCUUCAACUACACAGGGACACGACUAAUGGUGGAUGGGGCAUGGAAGAAAAAGAAGAACGGCGACUCCGUGGCGGCAAUUGGAUGGGUUAUCAACCAUGACCAAAAUGUAAUAGCAAAGGGUGGGGGAAGAAUUAGGGCAGUUUCCGGCUUACAAGCGGAAGGAUAUGCUAUCUUACGUGGCCUGAAGGAAGCUAAUAAAUGUGGGUGCAGGCAGAUCACUACCUUGUCGGAUUCUAGGACAAUUUGUAAACUCCUCCAGGAAGGUAAAGAUGGGCCCAUCGAGAUUGCUAGUAUACUAUCGGAAAUUAUCGCUUUCGCAGGUUCUUUUGAUUUCUGUUCAAUAGUUAAUGUAAGUAGAGAUAGGGUCAGACCUGCCCAUGACCUAGCUUAUAUAGCUAGAAAACAUGGGAUGGUGGAUUAG